AAUAGCAAUUUUUUUUUUUUAAAAAAGUAACCCACUUUUAAAAUAUCCGGACUAAAAUACCCUCUAUUACUAAUUUUUCUUUUUAUUUUUAUUUUAUUUUUUAUCUCUUUUCGUCGACCAAAACACUUUUUCUGCUUUCCCUUUCCUUAUUCUUUUUUGAAACACAGGAAGGUGCACACAGUCCAUGAUGGAUCUGGAAAUGUUUUCAAGUUAGCUGCACCAGUGGAAUGCAAGGGUAUUGUUGGCAGUGAUGACAGGCAUUAUCUCCUUGACUUGAUGAGAGUCACUCCUCGUGAUGCAAACUACACUGGACCUGGGUCUCGAUUUUGUAUCUUGAGACCAGAAUUAAUUACAGCUUUUUGCCAGGCCAAAGCUACAGAGAGAUCCAAAACUAAGUCCACGUCUCAAGGAGAUGCUCAUAUUGCCAGUAAUUCUCCAAAUGUUGAUGGUGAAAUACAGAUAAAUGGAUUCAGAUUACCAACGAAGGUUUUGGGACUCGGAGAUAUCGAGGGCAAAGGUUAAUUGUAGAUCGAACUUCUGGAAAGCCGUGUCGGAUAUUAAGUUCAAACUGACUCCAGCCCAAAUAAAGAAGUUUGAGGAUAGCUGUUUUGGCCACUUUUUGAAGGCCAACGAGAUACAAUUUAGUGGCCACAUCGUCAACAGCAUGCUGUAUAGGCAAUGUGUUUGCGACGACAAGGACUCUAUGGUAUUCAAUUUUGGAGGGCGUGGUGCUAGAUUUACACAGAGGGACUUCACCAUAAUUACAGGUCUACGGUUUGGUUACGAACCCAAUAGGCAGGUUAACAUCUCUACUCGUAUUAGUGACACGUAUUUUGGCGGAAAGCGAAAGGUCACUAAUUCGGAGAUAACCGAAGCUUUCCUGACUGCACAGUGUCAAGACAAUGAUGAAGCCGACGAUGAUAGAUUGAAGUUGGCUUUAUUAUAUUUCCUAGAGACGGUUCUUCUAGGCAAAGAAAGCAUGGCCACCGCACCUCAUAAUCACUUGGAGAUGGUGGACGAUUUAGAGUACUUCAAUAACUAUCCAUGGGGUACUUUAUCGUAUACUACCACCAUUAGAUCGUUGAAGAGUGCUUUUGAGCAUAGAGAGUCCAUCGCUUUAAACAAGUCAAAGAGUUAUAGUCUUUGUGGGUUUCCUUUGGCUUUCAUGAUUUGGGGUUUUGAGACAAUUCCUUCGUUGGGUCAAGCAUUCGGAAAGAAGUUGCCGGACAUGGCAUUCCCUCGAAUUCUUAAUUGGCAUUUUUCACAAGUGCCAAGAUUUGAGAAGGCCACUGAACUCUUCGAUCAUCGUGAUUAUCCCGUUCAUGGCUUAAUGAAUGUGACUGAAGUUGAGCAUGCAUAUAUCGGCAACUUGGCAUUGGAUGUACAUCAUGACAGUACUCCAUACAAUGUUGCACCUGCUGUUCGAGACAAGCCACCACAGGCAAGUCAUGAUGAAAAAGAUGAAGGUAUUCCACUUACAAGAAGUGGAAUAAGUAAGAAACGGAAAGAGGCGUCUGUGGAAAUUAUGGGAAAAGGAGGGAGGCGGCGAAUGGGACAUAAGCCGACAGACCAGCCUUCUUCAUCGACUGCAGGAGUUGCUGCUCAUGUUCAUGUUGAACCAAUGACUCCAUCCCAACCUCCAACGACUCCAUCCCAACCUCCAACGACUCCAUCCCAUGAUGAGGUACCUUUGAGAGAGAGAUUAACAAUCCUUGAAGGCGAAGUGGCUAGUGUACGGCAAGACGUUAAGGAUUUACGAAUUGCCAUGCUUAGAGAGUUUGCAAGUUUGGACACCAAGCUUGAUACGUUAAUGAAGCACCAAGGAGUGGGAGUUAGUGCUGACGGGUUGGGAGAUGGGAUGGACGGUCAAGGGGAUGAAAAUAAAGGAGAGUAUGGUCCCGAUGCGACCCCCGUUGAUAGACAGUCACAGCCAUAUGUUGACGACCUUGCAGGACCAAGUGUUACGAUUAUUGAGAAAGUGUCUCCAUCAAAGUUUCCUGCCGGGAGACGUGCAAGAAAGGUAGUAGCUGCUAAGCAAAACAUAGAUAUUGGGAGGAGGGAUAGGAAGGCGGCAGCAGCUAUUACAACUCCUUAUAGUGUCGGAGGCUUGCGGAAAAAACUACAGCGCACUUUACCUGGUGCAUCUUCUACUUUGAAGUUCGACCCAUACAAACCAGUACCUACGCGACUUGUAAAAAAUUUUGACAAAUUUAUGAAGUCUGGUUGGGCAUCAAAGGUUGAUAUGGACAUUUUGACAGCGGGUAAAGACUUUUUCCAGUUGCUUAUAAACAGUGGGAAGUGGCUGAAUCACGAUGUAAGUAUACAUUGA